AUGCUCGCGCUGCUGCUCGCCGCUGCUUUGCCCCUCGCCUCCGCGGCGCACUAUACCGCCGACCACAUCUACGCGCUCGCCGUGCGCAACUUUGACCUUGUCGACCGCGCCGUGUCCUACCCGACCGAGUGCCAGACGCCCUGCAUCUCGUGGGACAAUGUGUUUGCAAACUGCCAGGCGAACGCGCAGCAGUGUAACCAGAUCUGCAACCCCGACAACUGGAACGGCAUGCUCAACUGCUACAACUGCCUGGGCCGCGUGAACGGGUACACGCCGACGCAGGUCGCGAACCUCACGAGCUCGAUCGGUGUUCUGAGCUCCUCGUGCCAGGCGCUCGGCACGCCGAUCACGGGCCCGACGACGCUCUCCGCGGCCGCAGCGCCCAAGUACACGUCCCCCGCGCCCGACAGCGGCGCGAGCCCGAGCGCCGGCACUGGCGCUGGCGGCGCGGGCGGCAGCACCGCUAGCCCCACGGUCGCUGGCGGUGCUGGUGCCGGCAGCAGCGGCGGCGCAGGCGUCGGCGUCGGCGCGGGCGGUGUCGGCGGCGGAGGCGCCAGCGCUGGCGGCACCACUGCUCCCCCGGCCUCGACUGCCCCUGCUCCCGCCGCGUCGGCUGGCGGCGGCGGCGUCGGCGGGCUGCCGUUCAGCAACAACGCCGGCGGUGCGUCGUCGAGCCACGCGGCGGGCAGCGCGGCGGCGGCCCCGUCGGCGUCCGUCUCGGCCGUCAAGCCUAGCGGCGGCGUGCAGCUCGGCGUGUCGGCGCUCGCGGUGCUCGUGGCCGUUGUGGCCUUUGGCGUCUGCGCCUGAUGGACUUAGGUGGUGUUCUUCUGACGGUGGAAUAAUGGGAUGAUU